UCGGCAACACGAUCGCAGACCGAUCAGCUGUCGCUCUGUUGAGAUCCUGCCAUUGAUGCGACAGAUCGGAGCUUCAAUGAACCAGGAUUAGAAAGAUCUUCCUCCAUGUCCACAGUGGCUCCCUCCAGUCCCACCAGUCUCGCGGCGCCGGCUCUGGUCCAGUUCCAGCUCGGCCUGUUCAGGGAGGUGGUUCAGGUCCCUGCUGCCAACCUGAGCUAUCGCCAUGCCAAGAGGCUGGCUGCAGAGAUCAUAGAGCGCAAGGCUCCAGACUGCAGCGUGGUGGGCGUCGGGGAGAAGAUUCUGCUGUUCAGACAUCAGGCCGCCUCCGAGCAGCUGCUGCAGCGCCUGACAGACCACGACAGGCUGCAGGAUGGAGACCUCGUCGAAGUCAUCAUCGCAGAAUCCGCGGCGGUGACUGAGAUGAGGAUCCACCCACACUCGCUGGUGGUCCAGUCAUACCGGACUCCCACCUUCUGUCACCACUGUGGGGAAAUGCUGUGGGGUCUCGUCCGUCAGGGGUUAAAGUGUGAAGGUUGUGGAUUAGACUUUCAUAAACGUUGUGCUUUGCAGUUGCCCAACAACUGCCGUCGAGCGCGGCGUCAGGUUAGCACCAGCCUCUCCCUGUUUCAUCCCCGACGGCCGCAUGCGCACUCCCUGUCCAGUCAGGCAGGAGGCAGUCUGGAGGAGAUCAGCAUGUCCAAGCCCUCGUCCAGGCCCCCGUCCUGGGCAGAGCCCCCGGUGUGGCUGGGAGUCGGGUACGGUGACAGGAGCAUGGCUCAGGUCCCUCACACCUUCCACAUCCACAGCUACACCAAACCCACCGUCUGCCAGUACUGCCACCGGCUGCUCAAAGGGCUCUUCAGACAGGGGCUGCAGUGCUCAGACUGCAGGUUUAACUGUCAUCGGCGCUGUGAGGCGUUGGUCCCCAGAGACUGCCCAGGAGAGAAGAGAGGCAUCAACGGGGAAGAAUCCUCGGCAGUGGCUCUCAGCCGCCCACCGGACCCCGAGGACGAUGAUUCAGAGAUCACCAGCACGACAACACUAGAAGUCUCUGACGACGAGAUGGCCGCCGACGGAGACUCAGUGACCGAGGCCAAGGACGCGGAGCCACCGCGAGAGCCGAUGAGUCCGUGUUUCAGCAGCUACAUCCCUCUGAUGAGGCUCGUCCAGACGGUGCAUCACACCAAGAGGAGAGCCGGUGGAGUCCUGAGAGAGGGAUGGCUGCUGCAUCACACCGACACCGACACACUGAGGAAACGUCAUUACUGGGUCUUGGACUGGAAGAGCAUCACUCUGUACCAGAACGAGAGCAGCACCAAGUACUACAAGGAGAUCGCGCUGUCCGAGGUGCUGCGGGUCCGAGGCCCCGCCCAGCUCUCCGUGCCCCCGUUGCCAAGCAACAGCGCCCACUCCUUCGAGGUGGUGACGGCCUCGCUGGUGUACUGCGUGGUGGCCGGGGAGGACGGGCCGGCCUGGGAGGGCGCCGUCCGUCAGGCUCUGAUGCCCGUCCACAGCAGCGGAGGACACGGCGAGGAGAAGGAGGAUCAAGACUCACGCAGGGACAGCGUGGACAUCAGCUCGGUGUAUCAGAUCUUCACAGAUGAGGUUCUGGGCUCGGGACAGUUUGGAGUGGUGUACAAAGGUACUCACAGGAAGUCGGGUCGGCCAGUCGCCAUCAAAGUCAUCGACAAGACGCGCUUCCCCACCAAACAAGAGAGACAGCUGAGGAACGAAGUGGCCAUCUUGCAGAGUCUGUCCCACCACGGUGUAGUUCUGCUGGAGGGGAUGUUCGAGACGAUGAAGCACGUCUUUGUCGUCAUGGAGAGGCUCCAUGGAGACAUGCUGGAGAUGAUUCUGUCCAGCGAGAUAGGCCGACUCCCUGAACGCAACACGCGCUUCCUGGUCACGCAGAUCCUCGAGGCUCUGCGGUACCUGCACUUCAAACACAUCGCUCACUGUGACCUGAAACCUGAGAACGUGCUGCUGGCCUCUGCAGACCCCUUCCCACAGGUGAAGCUGUGCGACUUCGGCUUCGCCCGCAUCAUCGGCGAGAAGUCUUUCCGACGCUCGGUCGUGGGCACGCCUGCCUACCUGGCGCCGGAGGUGAUCAGCAGCAGCGGCUACAACCGCUCCCUGGACAUGUGGUCGGUGGGCGUCAUCAUGUACGUGAGCCUGAGCGGCACGUUCCCCUUCAACGAGGACGAGGACAUCAGACAGCAGAUCACCAACGCUGCCUUCAUGUACCCCCGACAGCCCUGGGCCUCCAUCUCACUGGAGGCCGUGAGUCUCAUCAACAACCUGCUGCAGGUGUCGGUCAGACGGAGGUUCAGUGUGGGCAAAGCGCUGGGACACCCCUGGCUGCAGGACUUCCAGCUGUGGUGCGACCUCAGGGAGUUCGAGCAGAGGAUGGGCUGCAGGUAUCUGACGCACCCGGGGGACGAGGAGCGCUGGAUGCCCUACGCCCGGGAGAGAGGCCUGAGCUUCCCGUCCCACCUUUGCUGCGACCCCGACAUGUGACCUCGGCUCGGAGCUUAAAGGUCGGACUGUUUGGAGUCUUUACGGCUUAGAUUCAACCAAAGAGAUGAAAAAAAAUCCUGAAUUUAUCGAUUUGCAGUGAAAUCCAUAGAACAAUUAUUCCUACUUGUGUGCUAGAGAAAGAAAUGCAGGUCAUUUUUUGUCUAGUACUAAAGCAAUUAAAAAAAACACAAACAACUGUUGUUUAGUAAUAGAAUUUUCCUUUUUUAUUCCAAGUCGUGGCUUUUAAAAUUCAACUGUGUGAACGUGAGUGUUUGUGGCAUCGGUGGUGAUGGACAGAAUGGAUGGAGGAGGAGAACGGAGCACAGAUGAAAUAGAAAACGUCGUCAUCAUGCGCAGGGAGGAGUCGACUCGCACUGAUUAUGUCAAUGGGACCAAAACCCUAUUUGCUUCCUCGCUGACAUAGGCCUGCUAUGGUCCCACGUACAGUAUCGAUUCUUUUGUCCACAACUUUCCUGAUGCCCUGUUGUCCCUCACUGCUCGGCACCUCUCUCUGUCUGUCCCUCCUCCACGACGAGACAAAAUUCGGGUUUUUGGAUGCGCUGUUAAAUUUCGGAGAGAGGUGCGUGGGAUCGUUCUCUCUGGCCAUAAGUCUUUCCGUCUUCGUUCUUAAGUCCAGCCAUGGCCCUGUCUUCGUCUAUAUUUACCCACAGUGCUUUGCUCUGAGUUGCUCUCUCUGCCUGCUGUCUUCUUCUUAAUAUUCAGUGCUUCAAAGUUUAAGUGCUUCCAUUCACCCUCCGUUUCUUCCUGAGCUUAUGGCUUUAAGAUCUUCAGGUUUCACAGUGCUGGUGUGUUUAGUUUUCAACAGAGUGAGACUGGCUUCGUAACAUUGUAGCACCUGACUGGCUCUGCCCCUCUGCUGACUGGAAACAGGCUCCUAACGAUGCCGUUCGGGUUGUUUUGUUGUAUGAUUUAAGAGUCAGAGACUCACAAAGACAGCGUUUCUAAACUUCAACAUAGCAUGCAUCUGCACAAAUACACAACCAACUGACCAACCAGCAUUUUUAUCACGUUUUCUUCUUUAAUUACCCUUCUACAAAAAAAAUAUGUCAUCUGAGAGAGAGGAGGAGAGCAGGAGGCUUUGCUCAAAAGAACUUUUUCCCUCCCUCGUUAGCUCCGUCGGUUUGUCGCCUCCUAAAGGCAGGUAUGUUAAUAUGUAUGCUGCUUACAUAUGUUCAGUGCAAUACCCGGCACGUUCCUGGUUUUUAAGGCACUCUGACAGAAACGAGGGACAAGCUGACCAGUCCAAACAUAGCGUCUGCGAUUUCUGAGCAAAGUCUUCUACUCUCACCCUCUCUGGGCAGUGCUUCUGGGAUGGGAGGAGUUGGGGAGAAGGGGGAAGAAAGAUUUGAAAGAGGAAAAAAUGAUAAGAACAAAGAAUAUAGGAGGACAGUGGAAGGGGUUUGAAUCGCUCUCUCCACAGAGGAGGAACAGCGGGAGCUGGGAAGAAGGGAUGGGAGGAGGAGAGGAAGAGGAGCGGUUUAUAAGUCGCUCUCUCCGUAGAGGGCGCUGGAGAAGGAGAUGUAGUCCAGGGCGCCGGAGGGGCAGUCGGCUCCGAUGUACCUGGUCAUGCGGCUGAUGCAGUACUCGGCCUGCUCGGGCGGCAGCUCCCUGCGCAGCUCCUCCACUGUGAUGUAAUUCUGCAGGACGGAGAAGAGGCAGGCUGUGAUUUGUGUCCAAGUGUGACGGCGUUACUGUUAAUAAUCCAGAUUUAAAGGGAAGUUUGGCUCGUUUUUGAACUUUCGGCCUAAUUUAGCCUGCUGACUAACUUCAGAGGAGCAGAUCAAAGCUGAAUGUUAAUUGUGCAAAAAAAAAAAAAAAAAAAAAAAAAAUCUCUGCUCUGCCCCCUUUUAUUCAGCCUCUCUGUCACUUUUACUUUCCCCGUUUGAUGCCUUUCUGUAUAGAAAAAGACGAUUGAAAUCCCAGUUACAUGUAUAUGUGGCCAACGUUCUCCUGGGAAAGCACGUUUGUCUGAUCCGCUCACAGAACUGGACUUUGUUGUGGUAAUGUCAGUUACCACAAAAGUUUUUCUUCUUCUCUGGCUAAAAUACGUGUCGUGUAAAACUCCUGUUUCUGGCUCUGGCGGUGACGUUUGGUACCUUUUAGCUGUCGAGCGAACAUUCGUGUGCUUACCUUGUCUGAGGCCAGAAUCUUGAAGGAGGCCAUGACCUGUUCUGCGGUGUCGGUCUCGGCGGUCUCGCGGGUCAUGAAGUCGAUGAAGGCCUGGAAGGUCACCACGCCUGUGUUGUUGGGGUCCACCAGAGUCAUGAUGCGAGCAAACUCCACCUCACCCUGUCAGACAGAAAAGAUUGUGUGAGUGCAUAAGAUGAGUUGGUCUUCACAUUUUUAUGAGUGAACUGAAUUAAAGCUCUGAUCUCUGAAGCUAAUAUUGGUUUUAACAAGUUUCACUCAAUAGUGGAGCCAUUUUCUCCUGAUAGUGUUCGUGCUGCACUAACCAGAUCGUAACCCAUGGAGAUGAGGCAGGCACGGAAGUCGUCCGGGUCCAUCAUGCCAUUUCUCUUCUGCGAAGGAAAGACAGUUUUGUUUUAAAUAUUGAAACAAACAGUUGAGAUAUAGAGUGACAAGAUCCCUGCAGCUCCUACAUCCAGGGCCAGGAGAGUUAGAGAUUCCUUUUCAAGGUCAGUGAACGCCUCACCCUGUCGAAGUGGUUGAAGGAGGCCCUGAACUCGUUGAGCUGCUCCUGGCUGAUGCCCUUGGCGUCGCGGGUCAGGAUCUGGUUCUCCACCUCGUUGAUGGUUCUGGCGAUGGUGGUGAGCAGCUGUUCCCAGCCCACGCGGACGUGCUGCAGAGGCGGAGAAAAUAAGCUUUAAACAAAGGAAUGAGAGGCGGAGGCUCGGCAGAUGGUCGUGGCUGCGGUGAAGUCCACUGUACCUCCAUGGUGUAGUUGGUGUGCUUGUUGUCGAAGAUGAGGGACUCCUGGCUGAGCUGGUGGUCUCCCUCCAGCUUGUCGAUGUUGGAUUUGUAGUUGAUGAUGUUCUGCUCGUACUGCUUCAGGCUGUUCAUCUGUUCCUCCAGGGAGCCGGCGAUGUCCACAGACACGUGGCUGAUCUCCUGCAGGAAUGAGAGCGUUUGAGUGAACCAAAGUCCUGAGAUGAAGUCUGUGAAAACUUGGUUUCAUUUGGUGGAUGUUUACAUAGAUUCAGCUUUAUGUAAUGUCCGGCUCAUUACUUUCUCAACAAUGACUGGUCUCUGUGAGCAGGAGCUAAAAGUUAAUGACAUCCAAGUAACUAUAAAUUCUCAUUACAUCAUCUGAAGACUGUGUAUAUUUUACUGUAUUGCAUUUUUUUUUAUUUUGCCUCAUGUUUUAUUGCCUUUUCAUACUCUAUUGCUAUUAUUUCACCACAACAAUCAAUAAAAUGUCAAAAGUUGCCAAUAUUCUUCAAGCUCCAGUGUCCCAAAUUUUGCCUUUAUUGUACGUUGGCAGCUGCAGAGGGAGAGUAGUUCAAGUGCAGUUUCCUUUUCUACCUCUGACAGUCUGGUGUAGUGUUGCAGUAGCGCUGUACCUCCAUCUUGGUUUGAAUCCAGGGUCCGAUGAUGUUGGCCUGGGCAGCGAACUGGCGCCUCAGUCUCUCGUUGGCCUGCUGUCUGGCCACCUCCUCCUGGAGCAUUUGGUCUCUGAGGGGAACAAGGUGCUUCACCUGCGGGUGGAUAGAUGACAUUCACAUGUAUAUGACAGCUCUGUUAGUUAAUUAGUGUGAUCAACAAUGUGCUGCUUUUCUUCCUGCUGCAUCGUUACAUUUAAACCCAUUUCUAACUUUGAUAUUUUAGCCACAAUUUACAGUUAAUGGACGCCUGAAUAUCAGCAUCAGACUGAAUUUAGUUUUCGCCAUAGAGAUUUCAUGAUGUUUGCAAAUUAUAAAUAGUUGUUCCAGUCCAGCUUUAGUUAUUUCAUGCUUCCCACAGUGCAGUCUUAACACACAUCUGACAGAUUGUGUUCUGCAGUUAUUUCGAUUUGGCCUGAGAGCUUGCAGCCAGCAGAACUCAGUGUCACUCUAACCUACAUGUACUGAACUAUUUCUGACCUGUCGCUCUGUAUGCGUUGUACUUAUUAUUAGCCAGCUGACCAAAUGCAGAGCACAGAGUGUGAGUUAGGCUGACAUUUCCUGUUUACACAACGUCAAAUUACACAAACCAGAAAUAGACACGGACUGCUUAGUUUUGUAUAAACUAUCUACAAUAAUGUUAUCAGUUAAUUUCCCGUGUUCCUCCACGAUGUUGAUUCUUGGGUGUGUUUAUUUGACUCACAGUGUCCCACUUAGUGCUGAUGUCCUGGGGGGAGAGGGUGGUGUAAGGGUUGACUCCGGAGAGCUUGAUGCCGUAGGUCUGGGCGAUCUUCAGGAUCUCGUUGUGGAUGCCCAUGGUGGCCAUGCGCUCCUUGUCGGCUUCGGGCAGAGUGGCCUUGAACUGGUCGUGAGCGGUGAUCAGACUCUAAAGGAGAACACAGCGUUAGAGUUUUAAUGAGAUUAGCUUGAGAUGUUUGGUGACCAGCAUUUAUGGAAUUUAAUUUUGGUGACCCAAAACUUCCCCAAUACAUUUUAUUUGUGUUUCUUUCUUUUGAAAACACAGAAAAGUCUGUCUGGUCAGCUGACUGACCUCCUAAGUCUUAUGCUGCUUAUGCUUUCCUCUUUAUUACAGACUGAGAGAUUCCUAUCUCCUACAUACAGGUUUGAGUAGAGAACUGUGUUUCCUUAGCCUAUUUUUUUUCUUUCCAGGACACAAUUCACAUUUAUUCAGGCAAACUGUCAAUUCGGAGAAAAGUGGGAGAUUAUAUGGAUUUAUGCAGCAUGCAAGUGUUGUUCAACAACAAAAAUCUAUGUUUUGCAGUGCAGAUUGUGAUGACUAUACCAUUGAUUUGUAUUAAUGUGUAGAAGGGCAAUAAAAUGAAGACAAACAUACUGAAACAACAUUAAAUAUAUAUCGAGUCUGUGGUGUCUUGCAUGCGUGACGCUGGCUGUACCUGGAUCUCCUCAAUGCUGUGGACAAUGAACAUGUCCUGCAGGUCCUCCAUGGCUCCGUCCAUCCAGUUGUUGAAGGGCGCCGCCCUCUUGGCAAACUCCAGGUACAGCUGGUCAAUAGUCUCCCACAGCUUCUC